AUGGCGGAGAAGCAGCGAAAGAUCGACGAGAACAAGCGCAAGGCGCGGGGCGCGAAGGAGGCGUCGACCGCGUUCGGGGCGCGAAGGGAGUUUCAGAGGACGAUCUCGAGCGCGAGACCGUCGCGCGCGGGACGGACGAUGCCGGGGGGCGGCGUCGCCGCGGGGACGACGUCGAGCAAGACGAAGACGACGAGCGGGAAGGGCGGGAAGGGCGGGAAGGAGGAGGCGCCGAAGAAGAAACUGUUCGGAUUGUUUUGA